GCACGUCGUCGUUGCGUCGUCGUCGCAACGUCACUUACGUCUUCGUACACUUUCAAAGAAAGUAAUAAAAACGUUAAACGUUAAUCCAACGAUGCACACGUGUACCUUUUCCUUCUCUUUUUUGAAAUCGAUUAUGCCGAAAGUGUGAAUCUAUCGACGUUUCUUCAAAUAAGAGAAGAGAAAAGAAGAAUUGGUAGAAACGACGAGUUGCGUGUAUUAGUGUUGAUCCCUCGCGUACACUGUUCUGGUAUUAACUGACAUAGCCGUGUUGAGCGCUUGAGAAAUAAUUUGUGACCGUCGUCGUGCUAUUGGCUGAAGACGAUUGGAGCUUCCAUAGAAGAGGUAGGGGUGGAAAAACCCAUCUGAACCGGGCAGAUCGCCCUCAACGGACGGAGCGAUUCGAUAAGGAUAGAGUUUGAAUAUAGAGUUAACAUGGUUAUACCAUGAAUUUAAGUUAUGCGCAUACAAAGACUCGUGCAGAGGUAAGAGGAGGUGGUAGAAAACCUUGGAGACAAAAAGGUACAGGAAGAGCACGUCAUGGUAGUAUAAGAUCACCUUUAUGGAGAAAAGGUGGUGUUAUUCAUGGCCCACGAUCACAUACAACUCAUUUCUAUAUGUUACCAUUUUAUACUCGUAUUGCUGGGCUUACAUCAACAUUAUCCGUUAAACUUGCUCAAGAUGAUUUACAUUUGAUAAAUGAUUUGGAAAUACCUUCCAAGGAAUCAUCUUAUAUAGAACAACUGAUCGAAGAAAGAAAUUGGGGCCCUUCUGUCCUUAUUGUAGACAGUGAAGAUAUUAUGCCAAUUAAUUUGACAAUAGCAACUGAUACGAUACCCCAUGUAAAUUUGAUGCCUGUCUAUGGUUUGAAUGUGUACAGUAUGCUAAAACAUGAUACAUUAGUAUUGACACAUCGUGCAGCACGAUUAAUAGAAGAAAAAUUGCUAUUUCAUUUAAAUAGGGCAGAUAGUAAUAAAUUUUUAAAAAAAUUCCAGCUAAGUCAACAGUAAAAGAAUUACUUACAUCAUUUAAUCGAAACUUUAUUUACAUAGAUUAUUUUUACUUAGUGUAUGUAGUACCAUAUUCAUUUUAUUUUCCUGUAUUAAAAAAAUAAAUUUCUUCUAAUAUA